AUGACAGCGCAAGCAUUUAGGAGCUCUGGACUUCCAAUGGAGAUGGCGAUCGGAGCUCUAGGCAAACACUUAGAGCGAGUUGAAACACAACUCGAGGCAGAGGACCUUCAACAUCAAAUACGAGUCAUGGAGAACUUCAAUUACUUAGCUGAGCAACGUAUCACAGUCCACGACAUGAAAGCUGGAGAGAAUGCCUUGCAGAUUAUUUUCAACAAGGGCCAAGGGGUAAUUGAUGCCAGUAAUGUUCAAGCAGGCCACAGGGCGCUCCAGUUGUUUGGCAACGGCGACAUGAUCUCCUUUCGAACUGCUGUGUCAGAGCAUACGUCGCGGACACGCCUUUGUUUGGGUUCGGAAUGUGGCCCAGGCACUGCAGAGCCGACUCGUCUACAAGACGGUCUCGCCGCCCGCAUCAAGGAGGACAAUCCGGCAACGGCAGCAGAGUCCGUUCACAACAACUUCCCUAGCGAUGAGGUCCAAAAACCCUUGCCAGGAAGAUAUAUCAGCUGGAAGCGGAUCAUGCCCUUUAGAAAGACGAGACACGAGCCCAAAAGUCAGUGA